CUCACUCCAGUUCCAGGCAGGCUGGGUGAAAUCUUAGACGGAGGAAGAGAUAGAGGGAACAUGCAACAUGAGCCUGCAAUGUUUUUACCUCCAUCAGCCAUGAGAGAGGAACAUUCUUUGUGUUGUUUCGGACAACUCUCUCCCAAACUGUCCAACAUUUGACUUCCCUUGUGGAUUCCUGUACAAGAUGGACCUAUCUUAGAGACUGUUGGGGAAGUUUGGAAGUUGUUGUGCAUUGUUGUGAGUCAGAAGAUGAACUUGGCCUCCAUGCUCUCCAUUUUGGAAGGAAUUAUUUAUCUCCUCGCCACUCCCCCAUGCCAAGGUGUAACCCAUGUCUGUUUCAUCAACUGAAAGCUUGGACGUGCUAAGUGGCUUUUUGUAACAAGAAAUAAGUGAAAGAAUUGACUGAGAUUUUCGUUGAUGUGUGAUAGUAAGGAAUAAUUCAGUCUGGGUAUUCAGUCCUUUGAGAGGUCAAAGGUGAGAAUGUUGUAACCGAGUUUCCGCCUGCUUCCCAGAUGUGAAAAUGUGAGUAAUUCUCAGGAAGUGAAUUUAGAAGACUUUUUACAAGGAAAGGUGUCCCUGGGUUUCAAUGUGACUAGUAAUCUAUAGUUGCCGUGUCAAAGAGUGUUACAUAAACUUUAAGGGAAAUCUAUGUUUGGUUUAAAAAUCAUUUGGAAUUCCAGUUUCAUUGGAGUGAAUUAACUGUCAUGCAUUCAGUGUUUAACUUUUGAUGAAAGUUGUUGCUUCAAAAACAGGAUCUACCAUGGAAAAACAGGAGUUUUUAAUGUCUGUGUGUGUGUGAGUACUCACAAGGUUUUUCACAUGAGGAAUCAGGACUUUUAAUGUUGUGUCGAUGAGGUUGCAACGUAUUGAUGCGCACCGGUCUUUCUCCCUUCAGUUUGCGACUGCAGAGAAGUGAAAAGAUAUUGAUCCUUAUAGAAAUAGUGGAGAGCUCUUCCAUGUUCCUAACUGUAGGUUCUUCGCGCCAGUUUCUAAUAACGCCUGUCAUGAGAAUCUGUUAAGGGGGUUUCUUUAAAAAAAAUUCAGUCAACUUGGACAUCGUUCCAUUUGGAUUACAAAAGCUCAAGGGAUUAGACACACGACGAUACAAAACUAAAUAUCGUAAAACUAGUCUGGCUGAUCAAGUUUUUACACUGACAUCUGUCCCCCACGCAAUUUGGACGUUUUGAGAAGAAAACUUUUCUGAUUUGAUCAGUGCAAAUUUUCACAGCAGCCUAACAUACUCUCACAUGUAUUUGAGGCAAACUUGUAACAAAUAUUAAAUUUGGCAGAAUUUUGUUGUUGAUAAUUUGCCAGUUGGCUGUGUUUAUCCUGUUUUGCCUUUGAGUUUAUGUGUCAGGUUUUCUUCUUCUCAUAAUUGUAAUUUCAUAUUUCUGCACACCCAAACUUUGGAAGGAGUUUAAGCACUGUCUACUCUUCUGUGAAUGGAGUAUGGUUAGGACAGUGGGAAAGUGAGAACUUGCUUAAUAAGAAGAGAUUGGAUACUAACAACUGAAGCAGACAAGCACAUAUAUCAUGGCAACUUUGAACAUUCUGGAUAUUACAAUAACAGGAUUAAUCUUGUUUGUUUAUUCUGUGUAUGCAGUGCAGAGGUUCAGUGAAGUGCCAACCAACACCUCGGUGAUACAAGGCCAGUCCGCCCUCCUCCGCUGUGUGGUCCGAGACAAACAGGGAUCCAUACAGUGGACCAAGGAUGGCUUUGCCCUGGGUUUUGAUCGUAGCAUUCCCGGAUUUUCCCGCUACUCAGUGGUGGGUAAUCCCCCAGAGGAGUUUAACCUGAUGAUAGUCAACACCCAGCUGGAUGAUGAUGCCGAGUAUCGAUGUCAGGUGCUGCCUGCUCAGAACAACCCUCCAAUACAAGCCUUCGCUCAUCUUACAGUGCUAGUGCCGCCAGCAAUGCCGGAGAUCGAAGGUUAUACCAACGGGUCUGUGGUGGAAGUUCCACAGACCCAGGUUCUGCUUAGUCUCACAUGUAAGGCAGCCAAUGGACGACCACCAGCCACUAUAUCCUGGUACCGGAAUGGGGUGAAGGUCACCAAUAAUGUCGAGUAUUCCACACAGUCAACAACGGGGGACAAGCGAUCAACAGCCAUCAGUGUCGUCCGCAUUCGGCUGACACAGCGGAGAGAUGAAAACAAUGCAAUAUAUACCUGCCAGGCAACCAACACAGCAAUCUCGGGCCCUCCCUUGACAACAGUAGUGCAGAUUAGUAUCUUAGAGCCUCCGGGUGCCCCUGAGAUUUCAGGAUACACCGACCAACAGAUUGUGCGGACAAACGACACUCUGCAGUUGACUUGCACAUCAAGGGGAGGUAAUCCUAUCGGGACAGUCGUGUGGUAUCGGAAUGAUGAGCAGGUGGACUACUCCUACGUCAGUGGCAAUGAUAAGGCUGUCAAUGAAUAUACCUUCACAGUCAACUCCUCGGACAACGACGCCAUCUAUCGAUGCGAGGUGUCCAAUCUUGUGACACAGCGGCCGUACACUGCCCAGUACAAGCUCAUUGUACAUUUCUCCCCAAAUCGAGUUGCAAUAAGUGGUGGUGACCGUCCAGCCAAGGCCGGUCAGACAGUCAAGCUGGACUGUGUGUCUUCCAACAGCAAUCCAGCUGCCGUCAUCACAUGGUUUGCCAGGGGGAGACAACUGGCACAGACUGAUACCAGGGUAGAGGAUUCACCAGACGGAGGCUAUAUAUCGAAGUCAACGUUGUCCGUCCAGCUGUCACAUCAAGAUCACAACGUGAAAUAUACAUGCCAGGCAACCAAUCCAGCGCUUGGCCAGAGUGUGGAUGACACGGUCACCCUUAGUGUUUUGUAUCCCCCCAAUAAGCCCAGCAUCUCGGGAUACACAGAGGGCAAUGCAAUCAAGGCCGGAGAGCUGGCCCGCAUCACAUGCCAGUCCUCGGGAGGGAACCCUGUAGCUAAGCUCAAGUGGUACAAAGGAUCGAGGAAAAUAUCUUCCGAGAACACAAAGCGUGGCAAUUUAGCCCGAGCUGUGAUACAGGUGGUGGCCACACCGAGUGACAACGGAGCCACGUACAAGUGUACCGCAGAGAAUGAAGCUACCUCAUCACCCCUUGCAACCUACGUCAAUCUGACGGUCCUGUUCCCCCCAGCAUCUGUGAGAAUCACAACAUGGCCGGCCAAACCUAAAGCAGGACAGUUGAUGAACAUCACAUGCGUGUCAGCGUCCUCCAACCCAGCGGCUGACAUCACCUGGAUCAAGGGAGCGGACCGACGCCGGGUCCAGGGCAUUGACAGAGGCGAGGUGGAGGCAGAGAAUGAUGGCAGAUCUACCACAAACGUCCUCGAGUUUAUGCCAACAUCAGCAGAUCACAAUGCUUAUUUUGGUUGCCAGGCCGCAAACAGAAUAUUUGGGCAAGCCGUGACUGAUGCUCUGACACUUAAUGUUUUGUUUGCACCUGAGUUUAACAGUACGGGUGUCCCAGAGAAGGUGGAUUUGAUAGAAGGAAACAGUGUGUCACUGAACUUCUCCGCCUACUCCAACCCCCCGGAGGUGACGUACAGGCUGUACCGGGGGGAUGUGCAGCUGUCCCUGCCCAGUGACAUCCCCCGCUUUAACCUGGCCAGCGGCAUCCUCAGAAUCACCAAGAUCCGCCGUGGUGACAGAGGGGACUUCACCAUGAAGGCUUCUAAUGCUGAAGGCUUCACAACCCACAACUUCUCCAUUGAUGUCCGAUACCCAGCCACUAUAAAGAAGAUCUCAGGGCAAGUGAUGGAGGACGAAGGAGGUGUGGCAUUCUUUGAAUGUAUUGGCGACGCCAACCCCAUCACUGCCAACAUGGUCACCUGGUCCCGCGCCAACUACGACAUGUCCAAGACAAGGCAGACGUAUGAGAAAGGCAAAGCACAUUUGACCGUCCAUGAGUUGUCCCGAACGGAUACGGGUGAUUUUGUAUGCACUGCAGACAACAAGAUCGGCAAAACUGACACCAAGAAGGCUAAACUGAUUGUCAAGUAUGCACCGGUCAUAGAUAAGUCCCCCCAAUACUCCAAGGCAGCCAGUGAGGAGAAGUCGACGGGGAAGCUGAUCUGCAAGGCAUCUGGGGCCCCCAGCAUCACAUUCACAUGGUUCAAGAAUGGUCAAGCUAUUGACACAUCCAAGUCAAAGUACUCUGUGUCAAAAUCCAAGUCUGGUGACGUUGACUACACCAACACACUCCAGGUGAAGGCGGUGGCGAAAGGCGACUACGGACGCUACAUGUGUAAAGCCACCAAUGACAAGGGCACCGAUUCCAUAGAGAUCGUCUUGGAUGGAACAAGUAAACCUGAUCCACCAUAUGACAUCCAGUUCGUCAACGCUACACACAACACUAUCACCAUCUCAUGGAAGCCAGGGUUCAAUGGUGGACUUAUCCAAAACUUCCAAGUGAGAUAUCGCUUGAAAGGAGAGAGGGGGUUUGUGUACAUUGAUAUCACCAUCCCUGCCACCACCACCUUUAUAAUUAAAGGUUUAAAGCUCGGUAGUGAAUAUGAAAUAACAGUACUAGCAUUCAACAGUAAAGGGAAAAGUGAAUUCCAGGAACAGUUUAUCACAGCAAAAACAUCAAAUGUAGCUCCCCCUGAAGACAUCACCUCAACACUGCCGACGGACGAAGUCCCCGUAAUCAUCAUCCUCGUCGUGUGUAUUGUGGGAAUCUUCCUCCUCACACUCAACGUGGGAUUAAUUCUGUUCUUCGUGAGAAGGCGCCGUAAGCGGCUGGAGAAUGGCAGCGACACAACGAGCCACACCAACACGUUCGAGCUGUACGGACACACCAAGGGGGACGGAGGGGUGUACCCCAUGUCUGCCUCAGAGGAUGGCCGCAGCUACGGCACCUAUGACAAGAGCAUGGAUGACUUCUCAGAUGAUUACAGCAAAGACUAUGAGAAUGAUGACUGCAAACGAGUUUUUCUACCCCAAUCAGACUACGGAAGUCGGCCAUAUACCCCAAACAAAUUAGAUUCCCCUCGAAUGGGACAUAAACAGACAUAUAUCCUGGACGAUCAAGGGAGGCAAUCGCCUUGGACAGAAGAUCCCUAUCGUGUUGCUCUGCCCAGGAAGAAAGGAACAUUUGAAAAUAGCCCUGACAAAUCCGGCCGCAGCAGUAGACAAGAAACUAGACCCAAAAGUAUAACAGAUUAUUGUGAUCGCCCACCAAGCCGUCCACCCAGCAGAACGGGUAAAACACCACCACCCCCUCCCGUCCGAACCUCCAGCCGGGGAGCCGCUGAUCAGUUACCUCCCCUGCCAGCCAGGAACUAUGGUCCCCAGGACUUGCCACCACGCUACACCUCACCCCCGGGCAACAUUGAUGUGCUAUCUCCAAACAUCGUGGCCAACCUCAACUAUGACGGCCCACCCAUGAGGUCUCCCUCCCCACGUGCAAUGCAGAACGGUAAUGAGAUGCGGGGACACCUUGUGUAGCUACGAACGUCUUCCCCACUGCUAGAGAAUGCAGAGAAACAAAUGUAUCAGGCUUUGUUUCACCAUGUAUGAAGGACAAGAUCUGUAGAAAUCAGGGCGGCUGGAGUAAAGUCAGUUCUGCAGGGUUACUGUUGAAGCCAAAAUGAAAGAUUUUAUUCUGCAGCCAGAAAAUGCUUAAAUGAGGAAUUGCUCUUAAUUGUUAAUAAUGUGUUGGGAGAUAAAGGCUUUCAUUUCAUGCAAAUAUGUGUAAGGAAGCACUGGACUGAAAUUAGUUAGUACAUUAACCAGUCCGACACAUAGUUCUUGAGCUCAGCAUUUGUAGAUCAAUCUAAGGCUUAAAAAAAUAAAAGAAUUGGUUCUCAGGCAAUGACUUUUGAAAAUACAGUGCAGGCGGUGGUGUUUUGUUUUUUUCUUGUUUGUUCAAACUAGUAUGUAACUAAAUGUACAGUUGUGU